AUGAAGUUCAACUCUCUCUAUGCAAUUGCCCUUGCCCUACUUGUCUCUGGACUUGCAGUCGCUUCGCCUGGACCAGUGGAGUUCGGGAGAAGCCUUGGUAUUGGUGGCCAUGGAAAAUCAUACAUAAAUCCCUAUGGCAAGGGUCGUGGUAAAAGCCAUAGUAAAGCCUUUAAGAAAUGCAUUGACAGAGAGUGUAAUGCAAUGUGCAUCAGAGAUGGGUAUACUGGUGGUGUCUGUCUCAAGAAUGCUGGUAUCGAUGGGGACAGCGAGCUCGCCAUUACAAUCAAGGGAAACGGGGAUAACACUAUGAUAGCUAUUUCGGGCUGGGUGACUAAGUUUGUCUCCCAAUUAAAUUAUGAUCACUAUCCUCUAUUUCUCUCGACAUAA